UCAGUUUGUUUCAUUUCGCGGCCCGUAGGACGAUUUGCGCAUGCGGCCUGGGAGGAGAGCGGUGAAGAUGGACGUGAAUCAGCCGAAACAGGAGCAUCUGCUGGCGCUGAAAGUGAUGAGGUUAACCAAGCCAACAUUGUUUACGAACCUGCCAGUGACCUGUGAAGAAAGAGAUCUGCCUGGAGAUCUUUUCAGUCAACUUAUGAAGGAUGAUCCCUCUACAGUUAAAGGAGCAGAGAACUUUAUGUUGGGGGAAAUGCUGACUCUUCCUCAGAACUUUGGGAAUAUUUUUUUGGGUGAAACCUUCUCGAGCUACAUCAGUGUACACAAUGACAGCGUGCAAGUUGUUAAAGAUAUUUUGGUUAAGGCUGAUCUUCAAACCAGCUCUCAACGUUUAAACCUAUCAGCUUCAAAUGCUGCAGUGGCUGAUCUUAAACCUGACCGUUGCAUUGAUGAUGUGAUUCACCAUGAAGUGAAAGAAAUUGGAACACACAUCUUAGUUUGUGCAGUCAGCUAUACCACACAAGCUGGAGAAAAGAUGUACUUUAGAAAGUUCUUCAAAUUUCAGGUCCUUAAGCCACUCGAUGUAAAGACCAAGUUCUACAAUGCUGAAAGUGACCUCAGUUCUGUGACAGAUGAAGUCUUUCUUGAAGCUCAGAUACAGAAUAUCACAACUACACCAAUGUACAUGGAAAAGGUUUCUCUCGAGCCAUCCAUAAUGUAUAAUGUAACCGAACUGAACACUGUCAAUACAAGAGGGAGCAGCUGCUCCACAUUUGGGAAGAUGACCUACUUGCAACCUAUGGACACACGACAAUAUCUAUACUGUCUCAAACCUAAGCCUGAAUUUGCAGAGAAGGCUGGGGUCAUCAAGGGCGUCACAGUAAUUGGAAAAUUGGACAUAGUGUGGAAAACAAACUUGGGUGAAAGAGGACGGUUGCAAACAAGUCAGUUGCAACGAAUGGCCCCUGGAUAUGGUGAUGUAAGACUUUCCUUGGAGAUGAUUCCAGAUACUGUGAACCUUGAAGAACCUUUUGAAGUUACGUGUAAAAUAACUAAUUGCAGUAGCGAGAGGACAAUGGAUCUGGUGCUUGAAAUGUGCAAUACAAAUGCAAUCCACUGGUGUGGCAUUUCAGGAAGACAGCUAGGAAAGUUGAGUCCAAAUUCUUCUCUUCAUCUUGCACUCAAACUAUUGGCCUCCAUGCAAGGUUUACAGAGUAUUUCAGGAUUGCGAUUGAUGGACACAUUUUUAAAAAGAACUUAUGAGUAUGAUGACAUUGCACAAGUAUGUGUGGUCUUUUCACACCUGAAACCAGAAAGCUAGAAGUACCUUCUCAUAGUGGUGUUCCCUUCCUGUGGACCAAUGGUUUUGUUUUAACGAUGUGACCUGCUUUUUCAUUCAUGAAAGACUACCACCAUACUAAUAUGAACCAAAAUGUAUGAAGAUUUUAUAAUUUUAAGAAGUCUGCUGAUACUACCGUGGAAAAUGUGAACGCUGGAGAUUGAGUGGAUUGAUGCACUGCCCUUUGCACCUCUGGAACAUGCCUUGUAAUCCAAUAUAUUGAUGAGAUGGUGGUUUUCUCUGUUUACUGGCUGUAGAGUUCUUGCAUGAAUUAAAUUUGCGUGGGCAGUCUCAA